AAAGGGGUGGGAUAUGAACAAUAGACAAGUGCCGUGAGUCAUUAUAAAGUAUGUGUCAACAUUGCUCAAAAGGCCAGAUUCGCACUAAGUAAAGACAUGUCUCAGACCAGGCUUCCCCUAUUUAUCCACUCAGUUCUUAGCUUGCUGGCAGCUGAUUGUUGUCAACCGUCACCCUCGUACUCAUUCUACUAUGUGAGCGAGCCAAAGAGCUGGGAAGAUGCUAGAAGUUACUGCAGAGAACAGUACUCCGAUCUGGCCAUGCCAGAGAACAUGGAGGAGAUGAGCAGACUUGAUCAGGCCGUCAAGUCCUGGUACCAUGGCGAAGUGUGGAUCGGCCUGAAGGGGGGAGCUCAUGAGCAAUGGUUCUGGUCUGGGAAUGCCACCCUUCAGUACACACACUGGCUACGCGGAGAGCCCUCCGUUGAUGGUCGCUGUGGCGGGACUCGCAGCAUAUUGGGAUGGUAUGAUUACCCCUGCGCAGCUCAAAAGUGGUUCUUGUGCUAUGGUGAAAAAAGCUCUCCCAAGUAUGUGAUGGUCAAGCUGGGUAAGACAUGGAUUGAAGCUCAAAGCUACUGCAGGGAAUUCUACACAGAUCUGGCAAGCAUUGAGAGUCAAGAGGAUGAGGAGCUUAUCUGGGACAUGGAUGAAGGAGACAGCAUUUGGAUUGGCCUCUUCAAGGACUCCUGGGAGUGGGCAGACCAAGGGAGAUCAUCAUUCCGUUACUGGGGGUCGGAGACCGAGAUGGCCGGUGGCAGUGAAGACUGUGCUGCUGUGCGGACUGCAGAAGGGGGACGCUGGUAUAAGCUCAAAUGCAGUGGGGCAUAUCCAUUUGUGUGCGAGGAACCUACAGAAAGGCAGUCUGUAAGAGUGGUAGUGUCUAUCCAAGAAGGUGCCGAUCUGAGUGAUUCUAAUGUGAAGACAGAUGUUCUGGAGCAGAUAAGUGCACAAUUGAAGGAACACGCUGCAAAGAACAAGGAGGAGAAGAUGAAGAGAGGAGCCGAUGAGCUGUGAGGCUUCACUUGCUCUCAACGGCAUAGCCUGAUGAAGAUCUUGGGGGGCCCUAAGCAGAAUGUGAUCUUUUAUUUCUUUCAGUAUAACUCAGGGGUGUCAAACUCAUUUUCACCGAGGGCCACAUCAGCCUAAUGGUUGCCCUCAAAGGGCCAGAUGUAACUUCUAAGAUUUGUAGCACCAGCCACAAAACUUUAGCAUCGGUAAAACUUCUAAAAUCGAGAAGAGCAAAAGGUAUCAGCAUGACAUGUUCUUUUUUAUUAUUGUUAUGUUUUGUAAAAACAAAACACCACUGUCAGUUCCAUACAGUUUGACUUUUCAAUGAGGGUCACUGGUCAGUCAGGAAGAGAUCAUACCAUGGAUUCUUUUUUUUUUUUCAUAUUUCUGAGUUUUUAGAUUCGAGUAUAUUCAACUUCACUGUCAUUGCACGAGUGAAAUACCAGUAACGAAAUGCAGUUUUACAUCUAGCAAGUGAUGCAAACGAGUAGGCUAACUGUCAUGUCAGAAAGUGCAUCCAUAUGAAAUGCGUCACUAGCCUAAACCGUU